AGCCAAUCAGAGCAAGCCUUCUAACAUGCAGAAACAAGUGAAGUUGUUGUCCUAUUUCCUCGACCGAUAAUGUCUGAGUGCGCAGCCAUGGAGAGCUCGUCCGUGUACAUGUGCUUCCCCUGCUACCAGGAGUUCAACACCCUGGAAGAGGUGCUUGAGCACCAGUUGACGUGCACGGCUGAGGAUGAACAGCUGGAAACCCCUGGAACUACCCCUCUCACGGUUCCUCUGCUACAGACUCAGCAACAACAGGUGGUAAAUUUAUCGAGUACGGUAGCAGUCCCACAGAUUGAAGUCCAAGCAGGACACUUCUCGGUGCAACCUGUUCUCAAGGAGGCUGCAGUCACUGUAGCAUCAGACCAGCCCAGAAUCCUCUACCAAUGUGGGGAUUGUGAUGAACUUUUCAAGAGCCUGGACCUUUGGCAGCAGCACCGUAAGGAAGAGAUAUGUCAGCAGCCCGACUCUGGGAGGAAGUUGAACCCUGAUUCACAACCUGAGCCAGAGACCGCUUCAGCUCAGAGCCCCAUUUCAACUUUACUUCCAGAUGAUUCUUCUCUCUCGAAGAGUGAAACUAGUGAAAACAUUCAACCGGAACAAGUGGUGACUCCCGUAGAAGAGGAAGAGAGCCAGCAAGUUGCAGAGACCUCUUCAGCUCAGAGCUCUGAUCCUCCCGUUUCUGAGGUGGCCACCCUAACUUCAAAUCAAGAGGAUUGGUCUCCCAGGAGGAGAGGGGUAAACAAAAAGCCCAAGCCUGAACCAGUGCUGCUGUGUGUGGACUGUGGCUCAUGCUUUGGCCUGGUGUCUGAACUAGUGGCCCACCGCAAGACCCAGCACGGCUUUGAGGAAGCGCUGCACCGCUGCUCUGUGUGUGGGGAAAGCUUUCUAAACACCACACUUUUUCUUUACCACCGCAAGCAACACCGGCAGAAAGGUGAGGAAAAGGUGGUCGAGGUUCCUGGAGAGAAAUCCGAGGAAGUUUGUACUCAGAGCAACGGGACCGACGAGCCGGGGCAGGAUGCCACUGCCUCCACCACCAGUGACGCCUCCAGUUUCCCACAGCCUGAGUUGUUCAUGUGCACCCGGUGUGGGGAGAGCUUCAGUGAGGAGAAAGGGCUGGUCACUCAUCGUAAGCAGAAGCACGACCUAAAGGAGCCACUACACAGUUGCCACCAUUGUGGCGGGGUCUUCAUGAACACCACCCAGUACCUGUACCAUCGGCGGCAGCACCGCUUCACAGCAGGGACAGAGGUGGCAGAUGUAGAUGAAAUUGGUGAUGAAGCAACCCCCGAUAAACCUCAGGACACCUCACAGAGCUCAAAGCGGCUGCUUUCAUCGCCCUCCACUGCUAGUGAACCAGGUUCACCGCUACCGAAGAGAAGCAGGCCCUCUUUCAGGAUCCUGAGUGUCGCAAACAAGGCCAUCAAAGACGAACCAGAGGGCAGCACUGCAGCAGACUCAGACAACACCAACCACCCUCCACCUGCCAAGCUGCUGCAGGACUGGGCCCGCACACCACUACCCCACGUUUGCCCCUACUGUGGCAAAACCUUCACCCGGCGCGUCUUCCUCCGCACCCACGUCUUCAGCCACACAGGAGAAAAGCUCUUCACGUGCAAGGUUUGCACAAAGUCCUUCACUAACUCCCAGAGCCUGCUGCGCCACAGCAUGAGCCACACGGGCAACAAACCCUUCAGCUGCGAUGUUUGUGGCAAAAACUUCUCCCAGGCGGCCACCCUGAAGAGACACCAACGCAUCCACACGUCAACGCAGCCUCGACGCAAGCGUGGACGCAAACCGGUGUGUACUUUGGACAAUGAGGGAUCUGCUCAUCUCUUCUCUUGUCCUCACUGCCCGUCACGGUUCAACACGGAGGAUCAGCUUAACCAUCACAAAUUGCUCCACACAAGCCAUCCAUUCCCUUGCCCCGAAUGUGGAGAGGCCUUCAAACGCCGGAGAGAACUGGAUCUGCACUCACUCACUCACCAAGACAAGCAGCCGGCGACGUGUCUCCACUGUUCAACCCAGUUUGUGAACCAGUCAGUGCUGGAAAUCCACAUGCAGCGCUGCCCUUCCACGGAGGAGGACAAGAACACUGGCCGUGGACGGGGACAGGGCCGGGGACGAUGCACCGGACAGGUUGAGUGUGACCUAUGCGGCCACCGUUGCAUGACCCAGGAGGGCCUCGACCUCCAUCGGUUAUCCCACACGGGCCAGACACCCCUCAAAUGCCCAGUGAGGCCUUGCCGCCGGCGGUUUACCUCCAACAGUACCCUGGAGGAGCAUGUGCUGGCCCAUUUCCAGGGCACGCUCGGCAAGUCCAAAAACCGACCCCGCUUCCGCUGUCAGAUUUGCCACAAGGAAUUUUCCUACAAUUCCACCUUUAAUGUUCACAUGAGGACACAUACUGAUGAGAGGCCCUUUGAGUGCGCCACAUGUGGCAAGCGCUUCCGCCAGCUGCCCCAUCUGCAGGACCACGAGCGCAUCCACAGCGGCCUCCGCCCUUUCUGCUGCUGGAUUUGCGGCAAGAGCUUCAGCGUGGCCGCCCGGCUCACCGAGCACGCGCGCACCCACAGCGGGGAGAAGCCCUACCCCUGUCCCCACUGCCCCGCUGCCUUCCGCUCUCGCUCCAACCUGGAUAAACACAUCCGGCUGCACGGUGACCUGUUUGAGGAGAACGCGGAGCAGGCAGCACAGGACGCCGAGGCCGCCCAUGUCCAGAAGGUGCUGGAGGGGGCCAAGGUGCUGUCUUCUCUGGCCACCACAGGGGAGAUUGAUCCUGGCUCCGUGCAGACCAUUUAUGUACUGCAGGGGGGCGAAGGAUGUACUGAGACGGUCAUGAUCCCGUCCGAUCAGUUCACUGGCUUAGACGGCAACUCGCAGGUCGUCAUCCUGCCCUCCUCUGUUCUGGGAGCUCAGGGUAUCACUGUUCCCACGAUCACCAUGGAUGGAAAUGAAAUCACCAUGGUAGAGACGACCCAGUCACCGCAGCAUGCCAUCGAGUUCAUUGUGGAGGAGACCGUAUAAAUGGAGGAUUACUAACUAUUGUGGAAAUGGCAACACGGUAGAGAACAACUGAGCGACUGGUUGAGAAGAAAAAACCUUUAAGUCAAAAGUUUGAUAUUUGAAGCAUAUUGAGUUAUUACCUUUUUAUAAAUAUAAAUAUAUAUAGUUUGAUAGGUUUCUAAGCCAGUUCCAAUAUAAAUUCCACUCUGUAUAGUAAGUAAUACAAUUAUACAACUUUUCUUGAGCUUAAAAUUGUUCACACCGUGUAAAACUAAUGAAUGAAAGGUUCAUACACACAUGAAACACUCGGGGGAACAGAAUGUACCUUUUUAAAUUAGCAAACUGAUUAAUAAAGCAGAUUGUUAAAUUCG